AUGUUCAAGAAUCUCUUGAUCUACCUGGCGAUUGCUUGCCUUGCACUCGCACAGACAACGGUCAUCCCGUACGGUAGUCCUUAUCUCUUCUUAAACGGGAGAUGGGAUGACACCGAUACCUCUUGGUGGGCUGGUACCGGCUUCAAGCUAGUUGCCAAGAAUCUCAGAAUGAUGACAAUCUAUCUCGGGGAUAUGACGACAAGUCCCUCAGCGUCGGUCGGCGUGUCAGUGAACUACGGCGCAUGGCAGACGGUCAACCUCACCUUCGGCGCAAACGCAGUCCCGCUCGCUGGGUUGAACUCAUCUCCGCUCUCGACCAACGUCAUCCGACUCGCAAACGAGGGUUGGCAGAAUAAUAACCUCCAACUCGAGGCGGUCGAGAUCAACGGAGACGCUAUCCCCGAGGUCUACACUCCUAGCGAGCUCAACUUCCAGUUUAUCGGCGACUCGUUGUCCGCUGGUCAAUACUGUGUUCAAGGAGUGAUUAACGCUUGGGACUUCGUGACGGCAGAAAAUUUCAAGGCGGAGCAUAGCAUUCAGGCCCAGCCUGGUGCUUGCCUAACCGAUAUUGACUGCUGGGGGAACAUCCACGGUACUUUACCCUCGUCAAGUACUUAA